AUGCACGCCAGCAUCGCCUUCAAAUCCGCCCUCGCGCUCAUCGCCCUCGCCAGGGCCGUGGCCGGCGCGUGCGCCAACAGCGGCCAGCCCGUCGCGCUGUGCUGCACCAGCUUCGGGCCGGCGUCCGACUUCGCCUACGUGCUCGAGAACGUCUGCGGGGUGACCGUCCCCGACCAGAGCCUGGACACCGGUGCCGGGUGCGAAUCGGGCGUCCCGUGCGCAGGCAGCGAGUACCAGGGCGACUACAGCGUCUGCUGCGCCGAGACCAUCAGUUGCCAGGGAAACGAAGACGGCGUAUACGGGUACAACUGCACCGGGUCGGUCGUCGAAGGUUGA